UUAAAAUAUAUAUACGAUUCGUAGACGUUCGGAACUAUUCGCGUUUCAUAUUAAAAUGGAGUCCAUUUUACGAGCAAUACGUUUUGUGAACGUUUAGGUACAACAUGGUUUAAGGUAAACGUACAGUUUCGUUAAGUUAAUCGCGUUAUGUGUUUAGAAAAAGCCUUGAAAGUGUCGUGAAAAAGUGUUAAACAGUUUAAUAAAUCGUUUAACUAUGUCGUCUGUUCAAAUUCAAGUAUUGAAUCCUUCGUCCGUAAAAACGGGACACAGUCAACAAAAAAACCCAGUGAGACCUACGAACCCGAGUACUUCGAAAAAGAAAAAUAAAUACGAUAGAAGCUGCAGGAAGCGAUCUAAAAGUUUCUCGGGAUGCGGAAUCAUCAACCAAAAACCCGUAUUACCAUCGAAAUUUCUGUUAGGGGGAAAUAUUAAGGAUCCUUUGAAUCUUAACAGUUUACAGGAUGAAGAAAUAAAUAGAGCUAUGAACGCCGUUACGCCGAAAUCGUCGCCGGUACCGACUCCUCCGAGAAAAAAAGGACAAUUGGAAGUUAUCAUCCCGAAAAAUAUUCAUGAUCCUUUGAAUCUGAUCGAUUGCGACGACGACGCCGAAUAUGAGCAACAACUUUGUUCGCCCGUUAAAAAAUCGAAAAAGAAACGUCUUAAAAAACGUCGUACCAUUUCCGGUACAUUGGAAUUAACGGACGUUACGGCCGACGUAGUUUCCACUACGGAAGCCAAAACGCCCGAAUCCUCCGCCGAUUCCGCCAAAAUUCCGGAAAUACCGGAAACGUGCCUCGCGCCCAACGAACCCGCCUCCGAAACGAGACCGAACGUAAAUUUGACUUUGAAUAUCGCGCCGGCGGCGGUCGCUUCAGCCGCCGCCGCCGCCGCCGAUGGUACCGUUACGACGGAAACGGAAACGGCGCUACCGGCGGCCAUAAAAAAAGAAAAAACCAAAAGGAAAUCCGACGAACACGGUCACCACGGUUUGAAAAAAUUCAAAAAUAAUUCGAUGGAUAAGAUCGUGAGUCCGGUGGUACCGCAACCGGGGGCCUGGUUGAAACGGAGCAAUUCCGCUGUCAAAUGGCCGAAACCUCGACAUAACAAGCAACAGGAUACGGCAACGCCGCAAUUUAAAGAGAGAGAUAAACGUUUCCAAUACGGAAAUUAUAACAGGUAUUACGGUUACCGCAACCCCCACAACGAAACCGAUUACAGAUUAAAAGUUUUCUCCCAUCACCCCUAUCUGUUCGUCAACAAAGACAUACUCGACGUCGGUUGCAACAUAGGUCACGUGACGUUAUCGAUAGCUCGCGAUUUUCACGCGAAAUCCGUAUUGGGCGUCGAUAUCGAUCAAAAAUUGAUAUCGAUAGCCAGAAAAAACGUAAAACAUUACGUUAAAAAGGGGGGGAUCGAUGAGGAAAAGGAAAAGGAGGACGUUGUUCAUUUAGCAUUACGUAAAACGGAAAAUUGUGAGUUUUUUCCAAUUAGUAUGCCUAUAUUAUACGGCGAUAUCGACGUUCCAGGUUUUACGCACGACAAGAGCGGAGGUUUUCCCAACAACGUUACUUUCAAACAGUGUAACUAUAUACUGGAAGACGACAAUCUCCUGGCCUUGGAGCAACCCCAAUUCGACGUCAUACUCUGCCUGAGCGUGACGAAGUGGUUCCAUUUGAAUUGGGGCGACGCCGGUUUGAAACAGGCCUUCAGAAGGAUGUACGCCCAAUUGAGACCCGGGGGUAAAUUAAUCCUCGAACCCCAAAAUUGGUCUAGCUACAAGAGCAAAAAAAAAUUAACCUCGACCAUUUACGACAAUUACAAUUCCAUCGAAUUUUUUCCGGAAAAAUUCCGCGAGUAUCUCCUAUCCCCCGCCGUGGGUUUCGCCAAGGGGGAAAUCCUGGGUUUUCCGGUGCACCAGUUCAAAGGUUUCCGUCGACCGAUUCAGGUUUUCACGAAAAGUACGAUGUUCCCCAGCGAAAGGACGGAAGCGACGCCCCUGAACGCCGAUUCUUCUUCGUACAGGCGGAAAACGGAAAAGUACGAAGGUCACAGUCAAGGUCCUUGCAUCGAGCACGUCUACACGGACAUAUUCGACGGGAGGUAUUGCGGUUGCGCAGACGAUAAUCAGGAGAUUAACGAAAAAUUGGGGGAGGAGUUGAAGAAGUUUCGGGGGUCGGCCACGGCGGCGGUUGCCAAAGAUGAAGGAGAUUCGUGCGGCGCGUCGCUCGAAAUGGACGUCGAAAAAAAGGAUCGGCAGGAUAACACUUGACUCAUUCGAAGGACGUCUUGAAUUUUUUUUUUUUUCGAUAGUUUGUAAAUAAAAUUUAUUUUGUUUGUUUUUUUA